CGGCCACGAUGGGAGGGGAGAGAUAGUAAAAACCCAGAGUCCCGGCCCCCUCAGACCGCACAGAUAUAUAAGGGAGGGAGCGGAGACGGGUAAAGCAGAUGCUUGUCAUCCAGUCAUUGGAAGACGGACACCACGACCUGGACUAACCCUCAUGAGCAAGGCGACAGGAGGAAGGGUAAGCAUGAAAUGACCUGAAGGCAGCGGCAAGCUCUUCAGCAAAUUGACUUCACGUCGAGCAAGUAAACCAAGCAAAUAUUGUCGAGGCACCUCAAAAAACCCAGUGGAUCUCACUUACGUUACGCUGGUAUGAGAAAACUGAAAAGGAACGCCUGAAAGUCAGAUAAAUAGACAAGGAAGAGAUAUAUCUCAGACACCAGGAACAGGACAUUUAACUAAAAAAGCAAAGGAAAAGAAAGAGCGGGAAGCCAUGGUUCUGUGGGACACACAGUCUGGAGGACAAGGCAGCAGCAUCAUCAGGGACUGGGGUGGGCAGGUCCAGCCAGCUCUCGUCGCCUCUUUCGUCUUCCUCUUCUGCCUGGAAGCUUGUCUGUGGGUCAGGAACUUCAGGCGUAAGAGGAGGCUGCCUGGACCCUUCGCCUGGCCGGUGGUGGGCAAUGCCAUGCAGCUGGGACAAAUGCCCCACAUCACCUUCUCUAGACUGGCUAAGAAGUAUGGCAACGUUUACCAGAUACGACUGGGCUGCAACGACAUUGUGGUGCUGAACGGAGAUGCUGCCAUCCGCCAGGCACUCAUUCAGCACAGUAAGGAGUUUGCGGGAAGACCCAACUUUGUGUCAUUUCAGAUGGUGUCAGGAGGCAAAAGCAUAACGUUCAGCAACUAUAGCAACCAGUGGAAGAUGCAUCGCAGAAUCGCUCAGUCCACCAUCAGGGCUUUCUCCUCGGCAAACAGCCAGACCAAAAAAGCAUUUGAGCAGCAUAUUGUCGCAGAAGCCUUGGAUCUGGUCCAGGUGUUUCAAAAACUUAGUGCAGAUGGAGGACAUUUCACUCCUGCUCAAGAGCUAACAGUAGCUGCUGCCAAUGUCAUCUGUGCCCUCUGCUUUGGGAAGCGCUAUGGACAUGAAGAAACUGAAUUCAGAACCCUCCUAGGCAGAGUCGACAAGUUUGGAGAGACGGUGGGUGCCGGGAGCCUGGUGGACCUCAUGCCUUGGCUACAGUCUUUCCCCAAUCCGGUGCGAAGUGGGUUCUUAAGCUUCAAAAAGCUGAAUAAUGAAUUCUUUACAUUUGUGAAAGACAAAGUGAUCCAGCACAGGGAGACCUAUGACCCCGAGGUGACCCGAGACAUGAGUGAUGCAAUCAUCAGGGUCAUUGACAAAUCGCGCAGUGACACCGGACUCAUAGAGGCUUAUGCUGAGGCCACAGUUACAGAUCUGAUUGGAGCGGGACUGGACACAGUCUCCACUGCCCUGAACUGGAUGCUUCUGCUCUUGGUGAAAUACCCUGAAAUUCAGACUACACUGCAACAGCAGAUUGACAAGGUCGUUGGCAGAGACAGACUCCCUUCGACAGAGGACAAGAAAAACCUGCCAUACCUGGAGGCCUUCAUCUACGAAACCAUGCGCUACACAAGCUUUGUGCCCGUCACCAUACCCCACUCCACCACCUCCGACGUCACCAUUGAAGGUCUGCACAUCCCUAAGGACACUGUCGUGUUCAUCAACCAGUGGUCUGUCAACCACGAUCCAGAGAAGUGGAAAGACCCCGAAGUCUUUGACCCCUCCCGCUUCGUGGAUGAGAAUGGUGUCAUAAACAAGGACCUGACCAGCAGUGUCAUGAUCUUCUCCAUCGGAAAGAGGAGGUGCAUCGGUGAACAGAUUGCCAAGGCUGAGAUCUUCUUGUUCACGGCCAUCUUACUACACCAGUGCACUUUUGAGAACAGCCCUAUGCAGGACCUGACCAUGGACUGCUCCUACGGCUUAGCACUAAAACCUCUCAACUACAUGAUCUGUGCCAAGAUUAGGGGGAAACGAUUUAAUGGGGCAUGAAAUCAGAAAUCCCUGCUUUGAAAUACUGUCACAUAUCUGAGUAGAGUAAUGGAGUACAAGGUAUGUACUUUAGAGAGUCAUUGAUCCUUUUUUGUGCUGCCGUAAAAUGUCCUGUGUUCUAUUUUUCUUUACAUAAUUUACUUAAGUUUAAUAUUAGCAGAUAGUAAAUAAAGACUGUAUUUGCUUUUAAGCCACUUUA